AUGUUGUCGCGUUGCUCGCUGACCGUCCUCGCUUCUCUCUCGCUCUCAGCGGUAUGCCGUGCCGCCGUGGUCUUCACCCAGAAGGAGCCUUCGUUAGCGUCACUCGCACCGGGAAAGAAGUGGGAGGGCGAUGGCUGGUCAUACACGGACUGCAGCAUGGAGACCGACGUUGUGCAGGUCAGCUACGCGUCCGUCAGCCCAGAGCCUCCCAAAGCCGGUCAGAAUCAUACUAUCACCGUUCGCGGUACGGUGCUCGGGACUAUCGAGGAAGGGGCGUAUGUCGACGUCGUGGUGAAAUUGGGUCUGAUCAAGGUCUAUCAGCACGAGUUCGACCUUUGCGAUGAGGCUCGCAACGCCGAAACGGAGGUCCAAUGUCCGGUCAAGCAGGGCGAGUACGAGAUUGUUCAGCAAGUUACACUGCCCUCGCAGAUCCCUCCUGCCAAAAUCACAGUGAACGUCCGUGGUUUCACUGCGGACGAGGAAGAUAUGAUGUGCGGCGACCUCAUGGUCAACUUCUCGCCUCGCCGCGGUUCGCCAUGA